UCAUAAAGAUGCAUUAAGCAUUUGGUUGAGGGCUGAUGCAUCAAUGAUAGAUAUAAAGCCAUUUUUAAUGUAAUUUUCACAGUCAGUAAGCCAUCCAUUCGUUAUAAAUUAAGCUCUCCAAUCUCAAUCUGCUUCAUCCUUUCAUCUCUCACUUCCAACUCUACCUUAUUCUUUCAUCUGCUGUUCUUCGUUGCCAUUUCCAAUGCAAAUUUUCAUCUGCUUCUGUUUGUUGUCUGUGUUUUUUGUGGUAAGUGGCUCCAGCAAUGAAGAACACAGGACGGUCCAGGUAGUUGGCCAAGGAGAAUGCGCAGACUGCACCCAUAACAAUAUUAAGACUAGUCACGCUUUCUCAGGACUACGUGUUGCAGUAAACUGUAAGUCACCUCAUGGAAACUUCAGAACGAGAGGGGUGGGUGCCCUUGAUGAAUAUGGAAACUUCAAAGUAUCCCUUCCGCAGGACAUGGUAGAAGACGGUGAGCUAAAAGAAGAUUGCUAUGCUCAGCUGCAUAGUGCAUCAGCUGAACCUUGCCCUUCGCAUGGAAACUCAAAAAUUGUGACUAAGUCAGUAUCUGAAGAUACACACACCCUUCAGCCUGCUGCGGGAAAACUCACAUUCUCAUCAGCUAUGUGCACUUCAGCCUUCUUCUGGCAUUUCUUCAAACACCCUGAGUUCCCCUUCCCUCCCAAAGAUGACCACCCAAAUGACCCUCUUCCUCCUCCUGUGCCAGUCCAUAAGGAACCUCCUUCAACACCAACAUAUAAGAAACCUCCAACGAAUUCUCCAUCUCCGGUUGUCAAGAAACCAAACCCGCCAAAGGAAAAGACACCUUCUUCUCCCACUCCCAUUUACAGGCCUCUUCCUCCGACUACUCCCAUUUCUGAACCCUCUCCCACUACGCCGCCAUUUUUCAAACUAUUUCCUCCUUUCCCAUACAAGAAGCCGUGCCCACCUCUAAUUCCCAACAUGGAACCUCCAAAGUACUAUCAACACCCAUGGUUUGGAAAUUGGCCCCCCUCUCAUUCAUAGACCACUCUCAUUGCACUAGCUAGCUUGGAGCAACAUUUUAUAACAUACGUGUUUGAUUUUUUUUUUUUGUUUCUAUCUGAUUAUUUCUGUGUUAGCAAUGGUGUUGGGAUUGAUUAUUUUCAAAUAAAAUCCAUGUCAGUGGAUGGAGAAUAUGAGAGCAUGGAGAAAGAGAGCAUAGAAAAACAAAUGAUUGAGCAAUGUUGUCUGAGAAUGUUUGGGUUUGUUGAUGAAUUUGAAUGUGAUGAGUUAAUUAAUAAGUAAAGACUUUUAUGUUAAUCUAU